AAAGUGAAAUUUUCUCCCUACUAAAACCAAUUCGCUGGCCUUCAUAUCUCCGCUCUCUCCCUCCACGCAGCGAUUGAGAGCACGGCGGCAGGCGGCAGGCGGCAGGCGGCAGGCGGCAGGCGGCGGGCGGCGGAGAGAGCGGUGGCAUUGGAGGUUAAGCAGCGGCGAUAGCCGGAAGGGAGUGAGCUGGUAAAGAUUAUGAUCCAAUAAGAUAAAUGAGGUCGAUAUAUCCUGUCCUGGAGAAUAUAGAAGGAAAGCAAGAAAUGCCGGGAGAUACUGAAUCUAGAAAGAUAGCACCGGCUGUUGUCGAGCAGAAUUCAGUGACAAGCAAGGCAAAAGUUCAAAACUAUAACAAUGUAAGCAAUGGUUUGGCGGGAGAGCAUCAACAGUGCCAACAGCAGGAGGAGGGUGACUACUUCGGGAACCCAAUGGCAUGUGAGAUUCAAUCUUUGACACAUGAAGAAGAGUAUAGAGAUAUAUAUGAACUAGAUCAACCACCAAAGGAUACUUGGUUUGAAGAGCAGUCCCUGCAGAAGUUAAGAUAUGAUGAGGAUUCAUAUCAGAGACAAAUGUCCCUUGUUCGGGAGAAGUUCAUAGAAGCAAAAAACUUGGCCACUGAUGGCAAGCUUCUUGAUUCAAAGUUCCAAGAUGCAGUUGAGGUUCUGAACUCAAACAGAGAUUUGUUCCUUAAAUUCCUGGAAGAACCAAACUCACUGUUCACAAAAUGUAUCUUUGAACCAAGGACAGGAAAGCUAACAGACCCAUGGAGCCUUUCUCAACCUUCUCAGAAAACUCGUAUUACUGUGCUGAAACCUUCCAAUACCAUGGACAGGAAAGCUAACAGAUCCUUGGAAGGACUGGGACUAUCAGAUUCUGACAAAAGUGUGGGAAAACCAAAUGAGCAUCACAGGAGCACCAGUUCCACUGAGGCUAGACCUGAUGCUUUGUCUCAGCCAACAAGGAUAGUUAUACUGAAGCCUAGCCCUGGAAAACCAUACAACACAAUGACUAUACCUGCCAACAACUUCCCAACAUUACGUAGCUCUAGUGGAGGUCUGGCAUGCAAUGAAUCAGCAAGUUCAAGAGAAGCAGUUGAGGGUUUAAGGCAGCAGGACCAAGACAGCCUAGGUAGAAACAUAGAAGAUGAGGCCAUGUCGUCUUCUGUAUCAUCAAAUGGAUGCACUGGUCAUGAAAGCUUGGAAGAUGAGGUUGAAAGUGCAAGCCGCUCUGAGAUUGUAACUUCAGCUGCGGAGUGUUCUUGGGGCAUCAAUAGAAGCGGCAGUCCACUAUCAGCCUCAUCCUUUGAUCAAUCAUUUCAUUCUCCGGAAUUGGUUAUUAUAGAAACCAAGAAAAAGCUUUCAGAGCAGCUAGCUUUGGUAGCAUCAAACGGCAAUUUUCAGGAGCCAAGAUACACGAAGAGAUCCACAAGCACAUUAGGGGAGAUGCUUGCCUUUCCCGAGUUGAAGAAAGAAAGAACCAAUGGGGAACUUAUUCAUUCUAACUUUGAUGCAGAAUAUGACCUGAAUGCGCACUCUGUGCUUUUGUCAAAAAAUAGUCCCAAGGAUGAAUACACUGAAGAAAAUUCCCAGAAGAACUUGUCUACAUCGAAAUCUCUCCCCAUUUCUUCAACUCAUGGAGCUGAUGAACUUAAUGGUGGGAUGUCUAGUUACUCAAUCUCCAAAGCAACUGUUCGAAAAGUGGCUCACAAGCCAAAUAAUAGGUCAUCUUUGAAGGAUAAGAUCUCAAGUUUUUUCUUAUCUAGAAGCAAAAAGCCAAGAGGAUACAAGCAUUCUAUAGUUCCCUCAAUUGGUGAUGUUUUAUCGUCUUUUAACGUUGCUUUCACACAACAAACCCUAGGUGAUUCUGAUGAAUCAUAUGGCAGAUCAACUGAAACCUUAAUGUUUCCUGAGGCUCCUGUCAAAAAAUCUCAAACAUCUGGAAACUUUGCAGAACAACAGAAUAAGUCUAACAGCAGUUCAGUUUCUCAAGCAACAUUACAAUUUGAUCUCAACAUUGGUUUGUCUCUGGCAUCGGGAGUUUCUAGGUCCCCACCAAUUGCAUCCAUUGCUCGUUCAUUAUCGGGUUACAUCUCCUGUUUGGACUUGGCAUCACCAAAGUCCUUGAAUCCUUUAAUGGAUUUCACAAAGGCAGAUGAAGAGCAAGAGCAAUUUGCCUUUCUCCAGAACUUGUUAUUGUCCUCCGGACUAGACAGCGAGGAGAGGAUGGUUUACAAAGGGUGGCAUUCGCUCGACAGUCCUUUGAAUCCAUCUCUACUGUAUGAGUCCCAGCACAUGGAAGACAAGGAAAAGAAAUGCCAAGAGAAGCACUCCUGCCGGAAGCUGCUGUUCGACUCCAUAAAUGCUUCAUUAAUAGACAUCAGCGAGGCUACAUUGUUCGCAGCAUAUCCAUGGACCCGAAGACGACACCACAAGCCUUGGAAAGACGGAGAUGGUGAUGCCACGGUGGCCGAGCAAGUCUGGUCAAUUGUCAGAAAACGUUUGGUAUGCAAUAAGUGGGUGCCUGAGGAGCCAGGCCACAUUGGCAUUGUGGCAGAUAGGUUAGUUAUGGACGAGGUGGCUGGAAGGAAAUCGGAUGAAACAAGGUGGCUGCAAGUGUGUGAACUGAGCAAGGAGAUUGGAAGGUGGGUGAUGGAGGAGUUAGUUGAAGAGUUAGUGUCUGAAUUAUCUUUUUCACUGACCUGACUAACCAAGGUUCUCUCUUCUUUUGUGCUUGUGUAUUCCUCCCAAUCGACAUCCAUUGUUGAAGGACAUCAUAAGAUGGUGCUGUGAUGGCCAUUACAUUUCCGAUAGAACAUCAAUCCAAUUGGCCUAACUCCUAAUGUGUGCCUCUUUUUUUGUGAGUCGCUUUUGUAAAAGAAACUGGCAUGAAUGCAGUAGUUGGGAGUAAAGAUAAAAGAAAA